CGACCCAGGGGCCAGACCGGAGCUAAUGGCGGCGUCCGCAAAACAGACCACCGGAGGUGUAGAGGAGGCCGCGGUGGAAGAGAAACUGCAAGUCCUGGAACCCGGGGCCGCCCCUUUUGGAAAUUUCCCUCACUAUUCCCGCUUCCACUCUCCAGAGCAACGGCUCCGCCUCUUGCCUCCGGAGCUGCUUAGCCAGCUCUUCCCUCAGGGUUCCGAGACGAAGCCCAUUCUUGGGCUAGACGUGGGUUGUAACUCCGGGGACCUAAGUGUGGCUCUGUACAAGCACUUCCUUUCCCUACGUGAUGGGGAGACCCUCUCAGACGCUUCAAGAGAAUUCCGUCUCCUCUGUUGCGACAUAGAUCCGGUCCUGGUGGAGCGAGCUGAAAAAGAAUGCCCUUUUCCUGAUGCCUUGACUUUUAUUACCUUGGACUUCAUGAAUCAAAGGAGCCGGAAAGUUCUCUUGAACUCAUUCUUAAGCCAGUUUGGACGCUCAGCGUUUGACAUUGGCUUCUGCAUGUCGAUAACCAUGUGGAUUCAUCUGAACCAUGGGGACCGUGGCCUGUGGGAGUUCCUGGCUCACCUCUCCUCCCUCUGCGCCUACCUCCUUGUGGAGCCACAGCCCUGGAAAUGUUAUCGGGCAGCUGCAAGGCGUCUCCGAAAGCUGGGGCUCCAUGAUUUUGACCACUUCCACUCCCUUGCCAUCCGAGGUGAUAUGGCCAAUCAGAUUGUACAAAUCUUGACCCAGGACCAUGGCAUGGAAUUAGUAUGCUGCUUUGGCAACACCAGCUGGGACCGAAGCCUUUUGCUCUUCAGGGCAAAACGAACCACAGAGACUCAUUCGAUCCCUGAAUCACUGCUAGAAGGGAAAGAAAGGAACAGAUUAAGAUCCUGGAGGUAGUGAGGUGAGAGGGUGAGAAGACUAAGAAAGAAAUACUGUGAGGGUUUUAUCCUGAGAAUUAAUUUCACUCUCCUUAACUCCUUAACAGUUAGGCUGCUUCAAAAUCUGGGGGAAAGCUUUUGGCAAAAUGUCCAAGAUGCAAUUGAAAAAAGAAAAUAGAAUGUCUUCCUCAUUAUUUGGGAUGAUCCUGGAGGAGAAUGCAUGUGUCCUGGGCUAUCAGGAUUUAGAUGGCCUGCAGGAAGUGAUCCUGUUUCUGGGAUAGGAGCUGCUUUUGGUGGCUAUUUAUAAAGACCAGGCCAGCCUUAGAAUGCAUCAGUUCCCUGGGCCGCUUGAGCCUGAUCUGGCUGCUUCAGGAUUUACUCAUUAUGCCUUGGGGCAAAACCUAACAAUACAAUCUGAAAGAGUCAAUGACCUGGCUAAAGGAGAGGGUUAGUAGGGAAAACAUCUUAUCUUUCCAGAGCAGGCCAAGUCUCCAACUUGACCAGGCUCAGCACAGCAAUUCCAGAUCCUAGGAGAUAUGCUCUGGCUGACAUUCAAAAGAUCUGGUUAAAUUAUGGGAGGAGAUAGAAGAGGUAAAGUGGGGGAUAAAUGAUGAUGGAAUGAAACUUGACUUUGGGUGAUGAACACAACAAUACAAUAUAUAGAUGAUGUAUUAUAGAAUUGUACACCUGAAACCUGUAUAAUUUUUAUUAACCAAUGUCACCCCAAUAAAUUCAAUAAAUAAAUGAUUUUAAUUAUGAACCCCAAAUCCAAGUAG